CCACUUGUGAGAGGAAAUGUUUUCAUUUCGGCAUGCAAGUUUGUUUGGACGUCCAUGUGACACGGAUUUUGUUUAAAAUAACGGAUAAAACACCCGGAACUUUAACGCUAUCUGUCAGUGCAUGACAGCAGCCAUGGGCAAAAAAGGCAAGAAAGAAAAGAAGGUGAAGGGGGCGGAAAAGACAGCUGCCAAAAUGGAAAAAAAGGUUUCAAAGAGGUCCAAAAGAGAAGAGGAGGAUUUAGAGGCUCUGAUUGCAGAGUUUCAGAAUCUGGAUGCAAAAAAGACACAAGUUGUAGAGACAACAUGUCCACCUCCAUCACCAAGAUUGAGUGCAUCGCUCUCUGCCCAUCCUGAAAAAGAUGAACUCAUCCUGUUUGGAGGAGAGUUCUUCAAUGGGAAGAAGACGUACCUGUACAACGAUCUCUACUUCUACAACAUUAAGAAGAACUGCUGGGUUAAAUCUGAGAUCCCCAAUGCUCCUCCCCCACGCUGCUCUCACCAGGCCGUGGUAGUUCCCCAGGGUGGGGGUCAGCUGUGGGUGUUUGGAGGAGAGUUUGCCUCUCCAAACGGGGAACAGUUCUAUCAUUACAAGGACCUUUGGGUGCUGCACCUGGCCACACACACCUGGGAGAACAUCAAGGCGCCUGGUGGGCCAUCAGGUCGCAGCGGCCACCGGAUGGUCCUCAGCAAGAAACAGCUGCUGGUGUUUGGAGGUUUCCAUGAGAGCACCAGGGAUUUUAUCUACUACAAUGACGUCUACUCUUUCUCCCUGGACACCUUCUCCUGGUCGCGCCUCACUACAUCGGGCUCCGCCCCUUCCCCACGCUCUGCCUGUCAGAUGACCGCCACGCCCGACGGCACAGGUGUCAUCAUCUACGGAGGAUACUCUAAAGUGAGAGUAAAGAAGGAUGUCGAAAAGGGGACCAUCCACUCUGACAUGUUUCUUCUGAAGCGAGAGGGUAAAGACAGUCAAGAGAAGUGGUCGUGGUCCAGGGUGAACCCUGCCGGUAACAAGCCCCCUCCUCGCUCUGGUUUCUCCUUGGCGGUGGGCCCCGCAGGGCGGGCGGUGCUGUUUGGUGGGGUUUGUGAUGAGGAAGAGGAGGAGUCACUGGAGGGCGACUUCUACAACGACCUCUAUUUGUAUGAUGCAGUGAAGAACCGCUGGUUCCCCGGCCUGCUCAGGGGAAACAAGUCAGAGAAGAAGAAACGACGGAGGGGGAAUAAGAGUGGAGCAGAGGGGGAGGGAGCAGAGAAGAAGGAUGGGGAUGAGGAGGAACCCCCUCAGGCACCCACUGAAGUUAUCAAGGAGAUUGUCAGUGAGGACGGCACAGUGAUGACCAUCAAGGAAGUGAUCCCUGCAGCUCGGGAGGAGGAGGAGGAGGACGAUGAGGAUGAAGAGGAUGAGGAUGAUGCCUCAGCCCCCCUGGUGGAGCCAUGCCCGAGGUCCAGCGCCAUGGCGGUGGUGCGUCAGGGCAAACUUUUCCUGUACGGGGGUAUGUUUGAGGUUGGCGAUCGCCAGUUCACUCUGAAUGACUUCUACUGCCUGGACCUCCACAAAAUGGACCAGUGGGAGGUUCUGGUUGAAAUGGACCCAAAGACGCAGGAGUGGCUGGAAGAAUCUGAGUCAGAGGACGAGGAGGAGGAGGAGGAGGAGGUGAAAGGAGCAGAAGGGGAAGAAGAGGAGGACGAGUCUGAAGAGGAAAGCGAGGAUGAGGAAGGUGAAGGAGAACACCCCGCAGUGCAGGAGGGAGAGACGGUGACGGAUUACCAGAUCCGUACAGAGCAGUACUGGAUAGGACUGGCACGUGCCAACAUGGGCUCCGACGCCAAGGACAAAAAGGUCACCAAGGUCGCCCUCGCCAUGGCUAAAGUCUUCUAUGAAGACCAGUAGUGGUAUAACAACUGUCAGAGUGACUGUGAGUGGCUGUUUAUUUGUUGUGUGUGUGUAUGUUUAAAAUAUUUUUUUGAAUUACCUUUUACAUAAAAUGGCAUUGAGCUGUACUUUUAAGUAAUUCAGUUAUGAAAGCUGAAUUCCAUUCAGUUUUAAACCAAAAACACCUUUCUUCCAAAUGAUGAGAUGACAUUUAAACAUAUUAACUGUUUUCCAUUUGUGGCCACACCUUUUGCACAAAAAUGGUUUUCAUUCAUGUUCAAUAAAAUAACAUUGAUAAA